AUGGCCUCCAUCUCUCGCCAGAUCCUCAAGAGGGGCUACGCCACCGCAGCCCCCGCCAUCAAGGCCCCCAUCCAGCUCAACUCCCUCACCGGCACCUAUGCCACCUCCACCUACCUUGCCGCCCUCAAGAAGAGCUCCAAGGACCUCGAGGCCCUCGCCAAGGACGUCGAGGCGUUCGACAAGUCCAUCAAGGAGGAUGCCAAGAUCUCUGCCUUCAUCCAAAACCCCACCUUGACCGCCUCGGAGCGUGCUACCGCCCUCAAGACCAUCCUCCCCUCUUCCUCCUCCCCCAUCCUCCUCAACCUGCUUUCGGUCCUCUCUGAAAACGGCCGUCUCUCCUCUGCCCCCAAGGUCUUUGCCGACUUUCACUCCCUCAUGGCCGCCUACAGGGGCGAGCUCGAGGUUAUCGUGACCAGUGCCGAGCCUUUGGACAACAAGGCGUUGUCUAGGUUGGACAAGGCUUUGAAGACUACCGAAAUUGCCAAGGGCAAGACCUUGAAGGUUGUCAACAAGGUGAGUGUAGUUUUAGAUUGCCUGGGGGCAUGAGAGUGGUCAGAGAGUGGUUGGGGAGGAAUCGGUUGCUUGAGGCGGUCUCUGUUAUUGAGACGAAACAGUCGGCACGAGACCAUAGGUACUGACAUACUCUUCAGGUCAACCCCUCCGUCCUCGGCGGUCUCCUCGUCGACUUUGGAGACAAGACCAUCGACCUCUCUGCCUACACCCGAGUCCAGCGAUUCAACAACGCCCUUACCCAGGGUGUCUAAAUCGAGUCUCUGGUGACGAGAUGAAAGGAGAAGGAGCUGGUGGUGGUAGAAAAAAUAAAACUUGAAAGCAUGAAUCUAGGGAUGAAAUCACGUGUGGGGUUGUUUGAGGGCCUUGUGGUGUGUGAAGGAGUCUUUGGCAUGUGUCUAGAGUUGCCAGGAUGCCACGAAGGAGGAUGAAUGAGAAGCAGCGGUACGAGACUCUGAUGCGCCACGUCGCUCCUUUCUUCUCGGCCGGAUAUCCCUUUGCAUGCUGCAUUCCACUGCGUACAUAAGCCCCAUGUGUCUGCC